UAUUAAUAGUUGUGUUAAAGGAGACUUAACGAUUGGCUAAUAAUUUGUAUUUUAAUAGUUGUGGUUAUAAUUUCCUACUGCUUAAUAGUUAUGAUUAAUAUAUUGUAUAUUUUUUUAUAGUGGAAUAGGUAGUUAGAUGACCUUUCCCAAAGAACUUUCAAUGCUGUAAAUUUCGCGAUUAAUCAACAACGAUGGAAAGUCUCCGCUUUCCGUCGCAAUAUAACGCACGAUUCCCUCUUUAGUUUUCUCAUCACAAUUCAUUCCGAGGAAAAUCAUGGCUUCUCUUCCAUCCGCCGCCAAAACCCCAAACCCCGCCGCCAACUCCUCCUUCCUCCCGCGCCGCCGCCACUAUUUCUCCCUCUCACCUUCCUCCUCACUCCGCUUCCGGCCAAAGUAUUCCUCCGGCGCAUGCAGAGCCACCUCCCGGCGGGAAGAUGACGAUGGAUCACACCGCCGCACUAGACGAGACGUCCUGCUCGCCGGUGGCCUCUACGGUGCCGCGGCCGCCCUCACCCAAUCCCCAGCCGCCUUCUCCCAGCCAAUCGCGGCGCCCGACACAACUCAGUGUGGGGCCGCGGACCUGCCAGCUGGCGCCGAGCCGACGAACUGCUGCCCGCCUCCUGCCCGGCGCUUCAAGGACUUCGUCCCCACAUCCUUAUCCUCGUCACCACGUGUCAGGCCGGCGGCUCACCUCGUCGACGAGGCGUACGUUGCCAAGUACAAGCGGGCGGUGGAGCUGAUGAAGGCUCUCCCCGCCGACGACCCGAGGAGCUUCACGCAGCAGGCCAACGUGCACUGCGCGUACUGUGACGGCGCGUACGAGCAAGUGGGGUUCCCGGAUCUCGAAGUCCAAGUUCACAACUCCUGGCUCUUCUUCCCCUGGCACAGGUAUUAUCUCUACUUCCACGAGAGGAUCUUGGGGAAGCUGAUCGGCGACCCCACCUUCGCGCUGCCGUUUUGGAACUGGGACGGCGGCGCAGCCGGGAUGCGACUCCCAGCCAUGUACGCCGACCGGACCUCCCCGCUCCACGACCCGCUCCGUAACCCGAACCAUCAGCCUCCGACCCUGAUGGACCUCGACUGGAGCGGCGAAGACGUUCCCACCUCGGCCCAGGACCAAAUUUCGAGCAACCUCGCCAUCAUGUACAGACAAGUGGUGUCCAGCGGCAAGACGGCCUCGCUCUUCCUCGGCAGCCCGUACCGAGCCGGAGACGACCCGAACCCGGGAGCCGGUUCGCUCGAAGGAACCCCACACGGUCCGGUCCAUGUCUGGACCGGAGAUAGCAACCAGCCGAAUUCGGAGAACAUGGGGAACUUCUACUCGGCGGCCAGAGAUCCGAUCUUUUUCGGGCACCACGCCAACAUCGACCGGUUGUGGACCCUGUGGAAGACGCUGGGUGGGAAGAGGAACGAUUUCGCCAGCCCUGACUGGCUGGACGCGACGUUUUUGUUCUACGACGAGAAUGCUGAACCCGUUAGGGUUAGGGUUAGGGAUUGUCUGGACAGCAAGAAGUUGGGGUACGUGUACCAGGACGUGGAUAUUCCCUGGAUCGGAUCCAGACCACCGCCACGACAACAACCCACGAGAUCGAGGGUUAGCAACGAGGCCGUCGUGGCAGGAGUUUUCAGUACCGGGACUGAAAAGGUGGCGAAUGCUACUGAAACGACGAUGAUGCCAUCAUCGUCGUUUCCAGUUGUGCUGGAUAAGAAUAAGGUGAGUGUGAAGGUUGAGAGGGUGAAAAAGUCAAGGAGCAAGAGGGAGAAAGAGGACGAAGAGGAGGUUUUGGUGGUCGAAGGGAUCCAGUUCGACUGCGAGAAGUUUGUGAAGUUUGACGUGUACGUGAACGACGAGGAUGACGUGGUGGUGGGGCCUGGCAGUGCAGAGUUCGCGGGGAGUUUCGUGAACGUGCCACACAGGCACAAGGGCGGGAAACAUGACAAGACGAAGACUUGUUUGAGGCUGGGGAUUACGGAUCUGUUGGAGGAUUUGGACGCCGAGGGGGAUGAUAGUGUGGUUGUGACUCUAGUGCCCAGGACUGGGGUUGCCAGUGUUGGUGGCGUGAAGAUUGAAUUCCUUCGUGAUUGAUACGAUAUGGUUGAUGUUUCCAUGCAUAGAAAAACUUAUAUGCCAUUCUUUCUGAAGUCAAAAUAUUAACACAAAAUACUCUAUUUCAGAUUUUAUGGAUAGAAUAUUCGAUAAGGUGAUAUAAUAUCUGGUUUAAAUGUUAUUUUUCUCUAAUGUAAUCGACAAUAUGAAUGUAUAUAGGUUUCAACUCAUUACAAAAGUCGUGCAUGUGGCAUCUUAAAGUUAAGUCCGAAAUUGUAUCUUAAGAAAAGAUAAGUCCAUCUAUAUACACAUGGCUAGGUUCUUGACUUUCAGUGUGCAAAGGGUGAAGUUAGAAAGCAAAAAAUAAAAUGUCAAAAGUGGGAUUUGAACCCACGCUCCCUCACGAGAACCAGAACUUGAGUCUGGCGCCUUAGACCACUCGGCCAUCCUGACAUUUUUAUUACAAAAUUUUGUUUUCUUAAAUCUAUAGAUAAUGGAAUGAAAGGUAGCUCAUAUUUGUUUUUUGGUGAGUAGCAGAGUAGCUCAUAUUUGUUAAUGCCAAAUGAAAAUUGUCAGUUAUGAUCUGGUGUUAUAAACCUGCCCAUACCUGUUUGGACGGAGUAUUUUUUUUUUUUUGUCUUUAAAUAACUAGCGUGGUCCCUACUGGCCGGAGGAAGGUGAGGUAUGAAAUUUGAUAAUGUAAUGGGGGUAUAUAGCUUAUUGUUGUAUAGUUUUUUUUGGGAAACACGUGAUAAAGAUAGUGAAUUUUAGCAGGAAAGAAGCAUGGAUUAUGCAACGAAUCAAAAAUCAGUCUUAUGAACCAAGUUCGAGUACCUGUUACCUUGUGAAACAGUAUUAUUUCUGGUUAUAUGAUGAGGUGAAGUAAGUUUUAUGGAAACCGAAUUCCAGAAAACCGAAUAAAAAAUUCCCUAUAAAAAUACGCUAUAAUUUAAUCAUUAGGAUAUCAAAUAAUUAUAUAAUAUAUAUUUGAAAUUGGACUAAUCGGGUUGGUCGAGGUCGAACCAUUUAAUAACUUUAAAAUACACUAUAUUUUAGCCACUAAGAUAUAAAAUAAUAGCAUAAUAUAUGUUAUGCUAGAGAAAAUAACAUGUUUUAGGAUGGCAAAACCAUGAUGUUCAUUUGUUUUACUUAUGGUCAAAUUCCGUAUGGGCCAGGCACAUUCAACUCUUUUAUUCUAUGGUUAGCGGUUAAACCAUUAGAAUCCAUGCAUUAGUUUAUUGUUAAUUUUUUUCUUUUAAGCAAUAAAAAAGGAGUUGUAUUUGCCCUUUCAUAUAUAUCUUACCAACACCGAGAAAUCAAAGGGUUUAACAAAAACCCUAUAUCCCCUAGAAAAAGCUACUCAAUGCUCACCGGCUCAUGGUUCACUUCUCUCUCUCGAUCUCAAUUAUAACGCCGCCGGUAGCCACUUCUCCCCAUCCCUAUUUUCCUGUCCUUAAUUUUAGCUCUCCAAACCUUUUCCCUGCAUGUCAUCCUCCCCCCGAACCUCAAUUUCCACCACCGUCUCGGUCUCUGUUUUUCAUUUCUUAAUCUUCCCUUCUCUUAUCACUUGUUUAAACCCCCAUCUUUGUCUAUCUUUAACGCGAAGAGAAAGCCACCAAUCUUCAAUAAUACUAUAUUGUUACAGUGAAGCGAUAUUAUGGAUUUCUUUGUCACUUAUCUGUUAGAGCUUGCAAAUGAUGGAAAAAGGGGUGGUUGAUUAUGAUUUGAUUAGAUGACUCAAUCUUUAAAUUUUACUUGCAUGCAAUUUACAUGUACCCUUCUUCAUGAGCAUGAUUGGAUCGUUUUAGUAUGCUUGGGUUUCUUUUCAUAGGGAAGGGAUUAGGCGAUUAGCACACGGAAGAAGGAUUGGGAAAAUUAUUUUGUAAACAAUUAUGAAACUCUCUUUCUCUAAUUAUUUCAUUUAUUCUCGACGUCGGUGGAGUUCAGAUCCAGCAUUGGAACAAUCCAAGACUCGGUUACGACGAUCACUAUGGAGGCAUGAAACAGAUGCAGUCGUGGCUGAAACCCGUUCUGUUUUUGUGGACCGCAACAAUCCCUAGGCCCGUUCAAGUCCGCAUGUGUACGAUAAGUUGGCCCGUUCCACAGAGGAAAGAGAAAAUUUUUUGCACUCCCUAUUAUACUCUUCCUACAAACACUCAUGGAGCAGGAAAUUUGAAAUGGAGGAAGGAUCUCCUUUCUGCUAUUAUAUUAUAUGUAGAUUGUAAUAAUUAGAACCCCACUUUUAAAUCUGGAAGCAAGUAACCACAUCACAAAACAUCAUAUUGUAAAGACUUAUCUGCAAUCAUGAGGUUGUUUCACUCAAAGUAAACUAUGUUUUAUAUGUUGAAGAUCAGCAUUAUAGCUUGAAUAGUUCAAUUCGACAAUGAUCUCAGCUCUUACAUAUAAAUUUUGUGUAAAAGUUGUAUGAUUGAAACUAUUCCCUAUGUUAACAUUAAUCAGAAUAGUCUUUGUUUACUGGAAACUAACCACCAAAACAUUUCAAAUCAUAAAAAAAUGAUACUGAAAAGGAGUAUCAUAGCAAAAGCAACAAAAAGUAUAGUUAUUUAUCUUUAAUCAACUCAAAAGUCAACCUAGAAGAUCAACCAAAUGAACAUAUGUUAAGAGAUCAUACAUUACUAUCAAAGAAACUAAAUAACCCAUCAGUCAGCUCUCCAAGCAAGAACACUCAACCUUUACAUAUAUACCCCUCCGAAAAUUGAUUUGUGAAACAAUAUAGGUGGAGGUUAGGAGGUUGUCGAGUCCGAUGGGAAGGUUUGGAGAGACGGUGAUGGUUGAGCCUUUAGUAGGACGGGAGCCCAGGACACUGUUUAUCUUUAAUCAACUCAAAAGUCAACCUAGAAGAUAAACCAAAUGAACUGAUGUUAAGAGUUCACACAUUACUGUCAAAGAAAUUAAAUAACCCACCAGUCAACUCUCCAAGCAAGAACACUCAAUCUUUCUAUAUUUACCCCUCCGAAAAUUUCUUUGCGUAACAAUAUAGGUGGAGGAGGUUAGGCGGUUGUCGAGUCUGGUGGGAAGGUUUGGAGAGACGACGAUGGUUGAGCGUUUAGUACGUAGGUCAGGACACCAUUUAGACCUAUUUACAUAAGUUGCGGCUUUUCAAUCCGCAUUCGACAAACCAACAUCACUUAACCUUUCCAUAUUUACCCCUCUCUUAAAGACACAUGUGCCACAUAUUCACUCAAAACUUCUAUGUUAAAAAAUAUUGUUGCUUUUUGGUAGUUAUAUUAUUUAAGUCUAUGUCAAGAAUUCUGUAGCGCUUCUACACAUUCAAUACUGCAAUUCGAUAGGCAAUAUUUGCACCAAUGACAUUAGGCUUGCGUUUUUAAAAUUAUUCUCCUUUUAUAAGAUAAAGAGAAAUAGAAUUAAUGUUAAACUCGAAUUAUAAUAAUCAAAGUAUGAAAAUAGAAGUAUCAAAUACCAAAAAAAUAUUUAGGGGAGAGUUAGUGGCUUAGCUAACUGUGAUGGAAAAUUCCAAUGAUUUUUCAUAUUUAAGCUUCUCGUAUGUUUUUAAUUUAAAAAGUUUAAACAAAUUUGUUUAGUGUAAGUGUGUAACUGGUUAUGUUUCUUGUCUUUUCUCAAUGAGGUCAAAAUUCAAAUCUCAUCACUUAUGUAUUUUUCCUGUGAAUAAGAAAAUAAUAAAUGAUUGUGAAGACGAAUCUACCCUUCCUACUUUUGCUAUGGAUGCAAGGAUUUUGUAAUGGGGGAAACGCAUUUCCCAUUUCACUCUUAUAUUAGGUGUAGCAAAAAUAACCUAGUGGUUGAGUGUUUAGUGGGUCGGACACUAUUUGGGCUCGUUUACAUUAGUAGUAGCACCUUUUCCAUUUGUGUGGGGCAAACCAACAACACUCAAUCUUUCCAUAUUUACCCCUCCAAAAAUUGCUCUAGCUUAACAAUAGAGGUAGAGGAGGUUAGCCGGUUGUUGAGUCUGAUGAGAAGUUUGGAGAGACGACGAUGAUUGAGCGUUUAGUGGGUCGGGGCACUAUUUGGGCCCGUUUACAUUAGUAAUGUCUUUUCCAUCCGCGUUUGGCAAACCAACAUCACUCAACCUUUCCAUAUUUACCCCUCUCUUAAUUAAAGACACAUGUGCCACAUAUUCACUCAAAAGUUCUGUGCUUAAAAAUAUCGUUACUUUAUGAUAGUUAUAACAAUUAAGUCUAUGUUAAGAAUUCUACAUCGCUUCUACACAUUCAAGAGUGCAAUUAGAUAUAUGUAAUAUUUGAAUCAAUGACAUUUCGGUUGCUAACCGUGGUGGAAAAGUCUUAUAUUUUUCAGAUUUAAGCUUCCUGUAUGUGUUUAUUUGAAAAAUAUCACACAACUGUGUUUAUUGUAACUGGUUAUGUUUCUUAUUUUUGUUUGAAGAGACCACGGUUCAAAUCUCAUUACUGAUGUAUUCUUUCUGUAAAUAAAAAAAUAAUAAGUGAUUGUGAAGACGAAUCAACCCUUCCUACUUUCACUCUGGAUGCAAGAAAUUUGAAAUGGGACUUCAAGUUUUCUCAUUUGACUUUUAUUUAUUCUGUAGAGAUGUGAAGUAUAGCAUUUGUAGUUUUGAGCCUGUUUGUUAAAAUAUUGAAGUUUAGGUGCUAAAUAAGAAAAAAAAAUUAUACAAUCAAAUGCAUUUUCUGUUAAUGGUAAUUUUUUAUUAAAACCCCCAAAUACAGAAAUAAAAAUUAUAAAAUAUAAAGUAGCUAAAAUGAAUUCGAAUUACAUAUAUAAUAUAUUCGAAACGUGAAUACCAAUAGUUUGUGGUAGUGGUACUAUGGCAGACACAUCAAUGCUUUUACCUACUACAAAAUUGAUUUUCUAUUUGUUUGCAUGCAUAUUUUUUUUCAUAUUCGUACGAUGAAGUGCCAUCAUUUCUCUGCCGGUGCGCCUAUUUGGUUUAUGCCAUUAUAUUAUCGUCCAACUAUGUAGUGAUUAUUUAGUCUUGGACACCUGGACAACACUAUUGCUACCUACCACCAGACAAAUAACAAGUUGUUAAAAGAGAGACAAAAUGACAAUCCUCUCCUUUAGGGCAUUAAAUUUUUUUUUUUUUUGGUACCCACAACGAUCAUUGUUUCUCAUGAGCAUAUUUGACCUUUCAAAAGAAUAUCCAUAAUAUGGUUAUGUAGGUUCGAUUUCCCCAAUUAAUUAUUGCGAACGAAACUCCACAAAAGAUAGGUUUGUGAUCAACAUUAUGGUAUUGCUGUUGACAUGGAAAUGACUUCUUAUAUGAUUCUCUAAUAGGUUGAUGAUAUAUGAAAAGUAGAUAGAAAUUUGAGAGUUUCCUCGAGUUCGAAUGGACGGACGAGCGAUAAUGGAGCUACGUGGAGUUUAGAGUAGGUCGCAACCCUUUUUCAAUAUUUAGGUUACAUACCGUAAAGUACGAUAGGAUGGUUGAAAUCCAUACAUGGAUUGGACGUCUCUCAAUUACAUUCUCCUAUCUAGCUACGAUAUAUUCCUGCCAACGAUCAAUUUAUUGGCAUUAUACAGACACUAUAGAGCAUUGAUGGCCGUUAGGGUUUGAGCCCCGACUUUCACGUGUUUAUGGAAAUAACUGUCCUCUUCCAGUCUUUUAAUGUCGUAACGUGCCUGUCCUCUUCCGUCUUCACUCAAUGUUUUAGGCGGUCAAGAACUAACACGUAUAGUAUACGUGUGUGUAUGUGAAAUAUAUAAAAAUCCAAUCCUAAAUAUCAUAUCUUGUCGGCGAGGUGGAUGAUGGCACUAAAUAGUUGUAUUAUCGCCACAAAUUGUGAAUGAGAGUUUGGUUUAACAGUAUAUGAAAAUUACUGGUUUGAAUACAUAACUAGUGUGUAGUAAUAAUAAAAGAUUGUUUAUUAUGAGAGUUUGGUUUAACAAUAUUUGAAAAUUACUGGUUUGAAUCUCAUAACUAGUGUGUAAUAAUAAUAAAAGAUAGUUCGUUACGUAAUGUUCUUUGUAAUAACACUUUACAAUCUUU